CCUCUCAUACCAACCCCUCCUGCCCGUCCACUCCUCUACUCUCCUUGGAUUCCACUCCUCGGAGCGGCAGCAGCAGCAGAAACACUGGAAGCAAGAGGUGCAGCAGCAGCAGAAGCAGAAGCGCCUCUCGUCCCCACCACCACCCACAACCCCGGCGACAGCGAGGUCCUCUACGCCCACCGCCUCCGCAGGGCUUCACCCGCUUGCCUCCGGCGGGAGAUUCUCCUCCCUGCGCCGUCUGACUUUCUCGCGGCCUCCACCGUCCACGCAAUGCGGGGCCGGGAUCAGCAGUUCUUGCGUCGCAAGCUCGCAGCUCGCUGCGGUUGAAGUUUAGGAAGAAAGAGGUUGGGAUUUCGGUCUCGGUUUCUUGGGAGGAGGAGAGGUUUUGGGGGCGCUCGCUCGCUUGCGUGUUGUGUUGUCCCCCUGCGAGUGGAAACGAAAAGGCCGGGGAAGAAUUUUGAAUUUGGGAGCCGGGAGAUUUUGGGCGAGGAGAAGGAGGAGGAGAAGGGUAUGGCGUCCAUGGCCGGGGCGCCGAGGGUGCGCUCGCUCAAUGUAGCGGCGCCGGAGGCGGACGCGAGGCCGGUGCUGGUGCCGGGCGGCAACAAGGCGAGGUCGGGCCCGGCGGCCGCGCGGAAGCCUUCUCCCAAGCAGCCGCAGCCGCAGCUGCGGAAGGCGGCGGAGGCCACGCCGGAGAAACCGCCGCCGGCUGUCGCCGCCGCGGAGGAGCAGGCGGAGGCGGAGGGCGCGAAGAAGGCUGCCGCCGGCGGUGAAUGCACCGGCGGCGCGAGGAAGGGCUUAUCCUCCUCCCCCUUGCGGUCGCCGAGGCGGACCCCGCCGGCCUCGAGGAAGAAGCAGCAGGAAUUGGCGGCGCCGCUCAGCGCGUCCUGCUCCUCGGAGCCCGCCUCCGUGGAGCCGCUCCAUGGCCGGGCUUCUGGUGGGAGGACGGAGAGGAGCUUGCCCCGGCCGGUGGCGCCCAAGCGUGGCAAGGCUGCGGCUAAGGCGGCGGAGAAGGACGCCGAUGUCUUACCGGAGGUUGUCGUUGUUGCUCCGGUGACGCCGGAGGAUGUCGUCCAAGGGAAGAGGAGAUGCGCCUGGGUCACUCCGACCACCGAUCCUUACUAUGUCACUUUCCAUGAUGAGGAAUGGGGGGUUCCAGUUCACGAUGACAGGAGGUUGUUCGAGUUACUUGUACUAUGUGGUGCAUUGGCUGAACUUUCAUGGCCUGAAAUUCUCAAGAGGAGACAAAAUUUCAGGGAAAUUUUCAUGGACUUUGACCCUCUUGCUAUCGCCAAAAUAAACGAGAAGAAGCUCGUAGCGCCAGGAAGCAUUGCUACCUCUCUUUUGUCGGAGCAAAAGCUGCGAGCAGUCCUGGAAAAUGCUCGCCAGAUAAUCAAGAUUGCAGAUGAGUUUGGAUCCUUCAAUCAGUACUGUUGGGGUUUUCUGUACGACAAACCAAUGGUAAGCAAAUUCAGAUAUCCAAGGCAAGUCCCUGUCAAGAGCCCCAAGGCAGAUAUGAUCAGCAAAGACAUGCUGCGAAGGGGAUUCCGAGGUGUGGGCCCGACAGUUGUAUAUUCCUUCAUGCAGGCAGCGGGGCUAACCAAUGAUCACCAUAUCAGUUGCUUCCGUUUCAAAGAAUGCAAUGCACCUCCAACUCCUCGCACAAGUGAUGCUGACAGGGUAAAAGCAGAUGAGCUAAGAACAAAAAAUUGCAGUGAGGAGAUGAGCGCUAAUGCAGAUCUGUCGAGAGCAAUCGAUGCGCUUACAAUUUCACAGGAUCAUGAGGAACAGUGAUGAGGCUAGCUGGCUACUGUACUUGUAUUACCUCCAUGUAGGUUGUGUUACCUUUAAACGUAGGGAACAUAAUGCUUUGUGUAUAAAUCAUUUGUGACAGUAAUGCAACUCGGUUUGUACAUUGCAACUGGAGUGAAGGGUGAUCAUCUUCUUUUUUUUAUUGA